AUGGGAUAUGUGGAAUACUACGGCAUCGUUGAGACCACACCUCGAUCAUCAGCUACUCUCCAAUACAAACCUCACGGGAUUGAUUGGCUCCCAGACAACCGAGACGGAGACUGGAAUCCUGCCCGAUCAGAACAUGGAGAUGCUGCAGUCGAGGGUAAUACCACGAGCCUUAAACUGGGGUUUACGACCAAUGGAGCCAGAUUUGAAGACAGCAAGACCACGUUGAUACACUUCAUCCGUGAUGUCCAGCUCAAGAAGAUGGAAGAUGCCGCCACCCCUGCAGGCUCUGCGGUGGAGGCCACAUUUGAAGACCACAAGACCACGUUGAUACACUUCAUCCGCGAUGCCCGGCUCAAGAAGAUGGAAGAUGGCGCACCCCCUACAGGCUCUGCGGGUUCGCACGGACCACCUGGCGCGGGUAACGCACAGAGGGUGGCGUCGUGA